CCCUCCCUGUACACUGACAUAUUAAUAUGUUGUUGCUGUUAUUUGUAUGAGUAGAACAUGUUUGAAUGAUGGCAUAUUUCAACAAAUUGAAAACAGAAAAAAUGAAUGGGAGACCAAUACUAUUCUGGAGCUAUUGGAAUAACAAGUUAAUGGGUGUUCAGCUAACCAUUCAGCUGAUGGUAGCACUUAUCACUGCGGUUCUACUUAUCACAACUUUGUCCCUGUCAAGAGCCAUUAUUAGGCCAAAGGAAAAUGGGGAUAAGAUCCAGUUGAACUCAUUAUCCAGAUGCAAUUUCUUUUCGGGUAAAUGGGUAUUCGAUAACCAAUCUCGUCCUCUUUAUAAUGGGUCCAAUUGUUCCUUCAUUUCGUUUUUGGAUGAUGGAAUGGCUUGUCAAAAUUACGGGAGAAAAGACCUUGAUUAUCUCUAUUGGAAAUGGCAACCCCAUGAUUGUGACCUUCCAAGAUUUAAUGCAACAGCGAUGCUGGAGAAGUUGAGGAACAAGAGGCUUGUUUAUGUGGGUGAUUCACUCAAUAGGAAUCAAUGGGUUUCACUUGUGUGCAUGCUGGAGUCAUCAAUCCAUACUCAUCUCAAACAAGUUCACUUCAAUGGUUCUUUGGUCACAUUAAAAGCUAUUGAAUACAAUGCUACAAUUGAUUUCUACUGGGCACCAUUGUUGGUGGAAUCUAAUUGCGACGAUGCCUGGCAUCAUCGUGUGAAGGAUCGUGUAUUGAGAGUUGAUUCAAUAGAGAAACAUGCUAAAUUUUGGGAAGAUGCUGAUGUGCUUGUUUUUAAUUCCUAUUUAUGGUGGCGACUGGAUUUGACUGUUCUGUGGGGUUCGUUUGAAAGUGCAGAUGCAAAGUAUGAACAAUUAGGGAUGGUGCGUACAUACGAGUUGGGUCUACAGACAUGGGCAGAUUGGUUGGACACUCAUCUCAACCGCACCAAAACAAGAGUAUUCUUUGUUAGCAUGUCGCCCACGCACAGCAGGGGAGAAGAGUGGGGGAAGGCAGAGGGUGAGAAUUGCUACAAUGAAACAGAGCCAAUUUCUAAUGCAGAGUACUGGGGAUCGGAAUCAUCUGCGGGAAUGAUGAGAUUGGUGGAAGCAGCCAUGAAGAAACUGAAUGAAAAGAGUGGUGUCAAAGCAGAUUUGCUCAACAUUACACAACUUUCUGAAUAUAGAAAAGAAGCACAUCCAUCCAUUUACAGGAAGCAUUGGGAUCCUCUAACCAAAGAACAAUUGGAAAAUCCAAGUAGUUAUGCAGAUUGUACACACUGGUGUCUUCCUGGAGUACCUGAUGUUUGGAAUCAUUUCUUGUAUGUAUACCUUCUUUACUUGUGACCCAUGUAGAAUGAGACUUGGUUCUUACAGAAAUACUAAGAAUGUAAUUGGAUUCAUUUGUUCUUGAAAAGUAGCAUGUAAAAUCAUUAUCCGUCCAA